AUGGAACCAGAAGUGACCGUCAAAGGAACUUUCACUGUUAAUGAAAUACAUCCCUGCUAUGAUAAUACAAGUUAUGUCUUUACAAGCAACCCUUCCAUACCAUGUGUAUUAGUAUAUAUUUUCCUUGGUUUAUUAUCUGUCACCACAAUAUGUGGAAACCUCCUUGUAAUAAUCUCCAUCAUUUACUUCAAACAGCUCCAUACUUCUACAAACUACCUUAUUUUCUCUCUGGCUGUAGCUGACCUCCUCGUAGGAGUUUUAGUUUUUCCUUUCAGCAUGACAUUCACUGUGAGCUCUUGUCUGUAUCAUGAAGAUUUAUUAUGUGAAAUACGGGACAGCUUUGAUGUAUUACUGUGCACAUCUUCUAUUCUGAACUUAUGUUGUAUUUCCAUGGACAGAUACUAUGCUGUUUGUCAGCCUCUGACAUAUAGAACUAAAAUGAAUGUUCAUGUUACUGUGGUCAUGAUCGUGGUGAGCUGGGGGGUUUCUGCUCUAAUUGUUUUCCUAAUUGCGGGAUUCAUCCAAGGAGCAUGUGAAGUAAUGUGCUCAGUUGAUGUUGUAAUGGCAAAUACUACUGUUCUCUCAUUUUACCUCCCAGCCAUCAUAAUGCUCUGUAUCUACCUGAAGAUUUUUCUUGUUGCUAAGAAACAGGUAAAUAACAUCCAGAACACAACUUGUCAGAGCACAAAGUCUGGAGCAACUGCCAGUAAGAUGGAGAGAAAAGCGACUAAAACUCUGGCUAUAGUUAUGGGAGUUUUUCUUUUAUGUUUGACUCCUUUUUUUCUUUAUAUUAUCUUUCAGCCUUUAAUUAAUAAACCCGCACCAGUUUCAGUAAUUGAAACACUCAACUGGCUUACACUGUCAAAUUCAAUGCUGAAUCCAUUUAUUUAUGCUUUCUUUUACAGCUGGUUCAAAUCAGCUUUCAAAAUGAUAAUUUCAGGGAAAAUAUUUCAAGGUAACUUUGCUAACUCAAAACUGCUCUGA